AUGUACCGGGCCCGGGCGGCGCGGGCGGGGCCGGAGCCUGGCAGCCCGGGGCGCUUUGGGAUCCUCAGCACCGGGCAGCUCCGGGACCUGCUCCAGGACGAGCCCAAGCUGGACCGGAUCGUGCGGCUCAGCAGGAAGUUCCAGGGCCUGCAGCUGGAGCGUGAGGCAUGCCUGGCCUCCAACUACGCGCUGGCCAAGGAGAACCUGGCCCUGCGGCCCCGCCUGGAGAUGGGCCGGGCUGCCCUGGCCAUCAAGUACCAGGAGCUCCGUGAGGUGGCCGAGAGCUGUGCAGACAAGCUGCAGCGACUGGAGGACAGCAUGCAUCGCUGGAGUCCCCACUGCGCGCUGGGCUGGCUGCAGGCGGAGCUGGAAGAGGCUGAGCAGGAGGCUGAGGAGCAGAUGGAGCAGCUGCUGCUGGGGGAGCAGAGCCUGGAGGCUUUCCUGCCCGCCUUCCAGCGUGGCCGCGCCCUGGCCCACCUGCGGCGGACCCAGGCAGAGAAGCUGCAGGAGCUGCUGCAGCGCCGGGAACGGUCUGCCCAGCCAGCCCCCACUGCUGCUACUGACGCCCCCAAACCCCUCGCCCCUGCAGCUGUCCUGCCCACCGGGGCUGCCCGGGGGCCACCAGCAGUGCCCCGGAGCCUGCCUCCCUUGGACUCCCGCCCAGUGCUCCCACUGAAGGGCUCCCCCGGGUGCCCCCUUGGCCCGGCACCCCUGCUGAGCCCUCGGCCCUCGCAGCCAGAGCCCCCCCACCGGUAGGAUCCAGGGGGCGGCCCUCCAGUGGUGGGCCCAGACAAACUUGAUGCGUGGCUCCUCCUCCUCCCCCACUGCCUGGGUGGGGGAAGGGGCGGGCCCCUCCCCCGGCCUCAGGUAGGCCCUGGCCCUGGAGGCUGAGCUGGGGAGGAGGGUCACCUGGAA